AUGGAAUACGAGGACAGUGAGUCCUCAGUUUCUUUGGCAAGUACCUCAGCGAGCUCUCACUUUAGCGAUCUCAGUUUUGAUUGCAUCUUUGCCUCGGGACCCGCGUGCAAAGUUCGAGUGACGAUUGCGCUGUGGAACUUCCUGGAUCCUGCAGCCAGAACUGCUCUGCUGACUUCGAGUGCUGCCACACGCAGCGAUUUCUUGCAGGAAAUCCUCUUCAUUGCAAUUAGGGCUGGUCUGCAGCCCCUGGCCUUGGCUCGUGGGGUUUCUUCGAUGGCUGCUGAAGCUUCGGCCUCCGAUCUCUGUGAUCGUUUCGAGCGGCACCUCCAGCACUUGACUUAUGAUGUUGUGGCCCCACUCAGCUAUCCCUGGGACAGGAAUAAGGCCUUGUCUGCCAUCUUCUCAGGAAAACCAGGCAGAAGCGUCGACCUCCAUAGCGUCAAGGUGCCUAGAGUCGUGCCGCCGCCAGCCACGCAGUACAGGCGGCCGGGUGAUUCAGUCGAGCCGCUGCCGAUGGCUCUGCCGUGUGCCAAGGUUUGCCCGCUACAGGCAGGCGAGAAGGCCGGAGUCGAUCGAGAAAAUGUCCUACGUCGGUGGCUCUGUGUUCUGAGCCACUCACCUGGUGCCUCGAGGUUGGGGGUUCUCAUUUGGGCGAAAGGCGAAUCUGACCCCUUGGGGGUCGUGGCGCAGGCCUUGGCUGGGAAAGCUACAUCGACUCUGCUUAAGCGAGCCCGUUUUUCUGCACGAUUCAUUUGCUGGGCCGACAAGCAUCAUGUGAAAGCUUUCCCGGUGAGCCUCGAGUUUCUUGUGAGCUUCCUCAAACCACUUGCAGCCGAAGCCAGGAACAGUGCCAUUCGUGAGGCUAUGGAGACUGUGAAUUUCCUGGAACAUGUUCUAGGAAUUGAGGUCGAGCAAGGAAUCGGCGACAACCCUUGGGUCAAGGGAGCGCUGCGAGGAGCCAACAUUCGGACCUGUGACCCGAAACGAUCGAGAGUCCUGAAGGUCGAGGAGGUGCUUCUCCUCGAAGGAGCGCUGAUAGAGGGAGCCCUUGACAAGGUGGACAGGUACGCCACUGGAGUCUUCUUGUUCCAGCUUUACUCCAGGGCUCGAGUGUCGGAUCUGAGGAACAUUUCGAAGCUUGAGCUUGACCUUGAUGGCGAUACGGGUUUCAUCGAAGUCAGAACCUAUGAGCACAAGAAUUGCCGGCUGAGCAGUGGACCGGGGGCCGUGCUCAUUUUGGUUGCGCCGUAUCAUGGGCUUCACCAGAAGCCUUGGGGCGCCGCUUGGGUAGAGGCAGCGAAGGCCGUUGGCUUCGACUUCGAGAAAGGGCAUCGCGGGCCGUUGCUCCCCCGCCUUGCUUGCGAUCACUCUUGGAGCGGGGACGCCAUCGAUGCCAACGAGACCACUACAUGGAUCAGGGCGUUGCUUUCACGGCUGCAAGCGGCCGAAGAAGAUCUUACAUUCUCCUCGCACGGAUUGAAGGCAACGCCGCUUUCCUGGACCUCGAAAGCUGGAUAUAGCUUAGGUCCAAGUGGGAAAACGCAAGAAGCUUACGCUCGCGAAGUGCAGGCGCAGCCGCUACGAGACCUUGCAGAAUGUCUUGGUGCCAUCCGGCAGGGGGUUUUCCACCCGGAUCGCACAAAGAGCGGGAUGAUUGCAGAUGGUGCGACCAUCCGUGAGUCGCGCUUCUCUUUGGCACCCAUGGGUCGUGCCAAUCCUUCGCCAUCUCACGAGAGCUUCGAGUGUGCUCCCGAGGUUGAGCUGGCCGAGGAUGGAGGCGUAGAGCCUCUUGAUGAUCAGGACUUGGGUGAACAAGAAGACGUUCACGAAGCCUCGAGCAGCAAGUCCGAGAGUUCUGGUGAGUCCGAGGAAGAGACUCAUUAUGAGAGUUUUGGAGCAGGCGAAGCGCAGAAUGCGAUCCCGUCUGUGAACAUGGGUCCUGAUUUAGACAUUUUUCAGAACCCGAAGACCAAGAGCCUUCACUCACGAGCGAAGGGUUCUGCUGGCAAGUUGAUCUGUGGAAGGUCGCUUGACAAUAUGAAGCCUUUCAGUGGAAAGGUCUUCAGCAGUAGAUGGUUGUGCAAGCAAUGCACAGCAGGCCGACCCCUCCGCGACGCAGGGGCCAUGGCGAGUUUCAUCGCUAAGAAGCAGGGCGCUUCUAAGUGA